CUGUAGCUGAUGACUUUUAAAAUACAGCCACUUACCUGUUCCUCAGUCCAGCAGGGUCCUUACCACCGCUGGUUUUACCGGCUGUCGUAUCUCUCUGGUACCAGCAUCUUUAGUGUGGGCACCUGGCUGUGACAGCUUGCGGCUUCACAGCUGGGUGCCCACUGCGCAUGCACGUGAAGCGCUGCACUUUGUCUGCAGUCUCUGGUCAUCUCCUGUACUAUGUCUGCAGUCUCUGGUCAUCUCCUGUACUAUGUCUGCAGUCUCAUCUCCUGGUCAUCUCCUGUACUAUGUCUGCAGUCUCUGGUCAUUUCCUGUACUAUGUCUGCAGUCUCUGGUCAUCUGCAGUCUCUGGUCAUCUCCUGUAUGUCUGCAGUCUCUGGUCAUCUCCUGUACUAUCUGCAGUCUGCAGUCUCUGUAGUCAUCUCUGGUCAUCUCCUGUACUAUGUCUGCAGUCCUUGGUCAGAAUUUUUUUUUCUUGUUUUCCU